ACAGAAAAGGACGAGCCUCCGCUUAGCAAGGCCGGGCAGGAUGUGGUUUUGCAUCUGCCCGCAGAUGGGGUGAUUUUGGAUGGCCGCGAAAGCACAGAUGACCACGCCAUCAUCCAGUAUGAGUGGACACUGCUGCAGGGUGACCCUUCAAUGGACUUGAAGGUGCCUCAGUCAGGAACCCUGAAGCUGUCCCACUUACAGGAAGGAGUGUACACCUUUCAGCUCACUGUGACGGACACUGCUGGGCAGAGAAGCUCCGACAACGUCUCGGUGACAGUGCUUCCCAUGGCCUUUUCCACGGGAGUGAGCCUUGACCAGAAGAUGGGGACCCACACAACUACUGUCCAGCCUAGAACCACAGGACCAAAUGAAGAUACCAGGGGGGGCUCCUUGUUGGAGAAGUCCCAGAAAGACACUGCCCCAAACCAGCCCCCUGCGUUGUCAAACACGGAGAAGAGGAAUCAUUCCGCCUUCUGGGGACCAGAGAGUCAGAUUGAUCCCAGGAUGCCAGACAGUAGUUCCUCAGGGAAGAACAGAAAAAAGGAAGAUUAUAUUUUUGAGUCAAAGAGUGAUCGAGGAGGAGGGGAACACCCAGCCCCCGAAGCAGGUGCAGUGCUCCCCCUGGCCCUGGGUUUGGCCAUCACUGCUUUGCUGCUUCUCAUGGUUGCCUGCCGGCUCCGACUGGUGAAACAGAAACUGAAAAAAGCUCGUCCCAUUACAUCUGAGGAGUCUGACUACCUCAUAAAUGGGAUGUAUCUAUAAUAAGUGUAAUUUAAAUAGCUGGGGGCAAGGACAUGUUUCACUUAUAAUUUAUACAUAUAUUGGGUUCUGGAUAUUGACAACCUCUUUUGUUUUUAACUGGGCUAAGAAAACUACUGAAAGCCUAGAAGAUUCUGCAAAUCUCAAACCUUUGUCUUUAUCGUGGAAAGAUUUUCCUUGGGAAGUAUGUGAAAUAUUUUGAAAUUUAGAGAGGAGUCCAUAUGAUUAAAGUCUUUCACAAAUCUAA